AGCCCCCUUAUUGGAGCUCGUUUGCGCGAGGGCGACAGACAACCAGAGCACAAGCAGCGCGCGCGGCAGAAAAGAGGGUUGCAUAGUUGCCAUGGUGAAAAAAGUGGAUUAAUCAUCGCAAGCAUGAAGCCCUGAUGAACGUGAGAAGAGGGUGUUUCUUUGAAAUACGAGUAGCCUAUAAGUAAAGGUAAUGGCCAUCCCCACCUGUCUGUCAGCCGUUUCCAUGGAGACCAGCUCCGCCUUUUAUGGGGAGUAAGAACACCUUUCAGCCAAUGACAAAGGCACUAUUCCUACAAACCUCCCUUCUGAAGUAAUGAUGGUGCCCCCCUGACCUCCACUAGAGGAGGAAGAGGAGGAGUCUAUUCUCCAUCUUUGAAUUUCUUGUUUGGCCACAGGCUCUCACAAUGACGGGAGAUCCUAUUUCCAUGACGUUUAGUCUGUGACGGUCAGACACAAAUUCUAGAUGUUUCCUUUCCCUUCUAUCAAAGUUUCUACCAGUAAGAUGCUUUGGUUGUUUUUCCCCCUGCCCAUGUUGGCCUGGGCGGUGCCAACUGCCUCUGCCCAGGCCAAUGAGCGACGAGUUGUAGCGCACAUUCCUGGUGACAUCAUCAUCGGAGCGUUGUUCUCCGUCCACCACCAGCCUCCUGCUGAUAAGGUCCACGAGCGUAAGUGUGGCUCGGUGCGUGAGCAGUACGGCAUCCAGAGGGUGGAGGCCAUGAUGCGCACGCUGGACCGCAUCAACGCCGACCCCCACAUCCUCCCCAACAUCUCCCUGGGCUGCGAGAUCCGAGACUCCUGCUGGCACUCGGCCGUGGCCCUGGAGCAGAGCAUCGAGUUCAUACGGGACUCCCUGGUGUCCUCAGACGAGGUGGAGGAGGGAGGCGGAGGGGUGUGUGCCGACCCAGCGGCCACCCCCAUGCGGGGGAAGAAGCCCAUCGUGGGGCUCAUCGGCCCAGGCUCCAGCUCUGUGGCCAUCCAGGUCCAGAACCUCCUCCAGCUCUUCAACAUCCCCCAGAUCGCCUACUCUGCCACCAGCAUGGACCUCAGCGACAAGAGCCUGUAUAAGUACUUCAUGCGUGUGGUACCAUCUGACGCGCAGCAGGCCAGAGCCAUGGUGGACAUUGUGAAGAGGUACAACUGGAGCUACGUAUCGGCCAUACACACAGAGGGAAACUACGGUGAGAGUGGUAUGGAGGCUUUCAAGGACAUGGCAGCGAAGGAGGGGAUCUGCAUCGCCCACUCAGGUAAGAUCUGGAGCAACGCGGGGCGAAGAGCUUCGAUCGUCUGUUGGAGAGGACUGCGGGCGCACCUGCCGAAGGCCAGGGUGGUGGCAUGCUUCUGCGAGGGCAUGACUGUCCGGAACAUUCAUGCCAUGAGACGACAGGGGCUGGUGGGGGAGUUCUGCUGCGACGGGUGGGCAGACCGCUAUGACGUAACCGACGGCUACGUCCGCGAGGCAGCCGGCGGGAUCACCAUCAAGCUGCAGUCUGCGGACGUGAAGUGGUUCGAUGACUACUACCUGAGGCUGCGACCAGAGAACAACUUCCGGAACCCCUGGUUCCCUGUUUGGCAACACCGGUUCCACUGCAGAUUAAAGGGACACCCGCAGGAGAACAUCAAGUUUAACCGUACCUGCACCAAGGAUGAUUCUCUGAGACAUCAGUACGCUCAGGACACUAAGAUGGGCUUUGUCAUCAAUGCCAUCUACUCCAUGGCCUACGGGCUCCACAACAUGCAACGGACACUCUGUCCUGGGAGGAUAAUGGUGACGAUGGUGUGUGUGAUGUAUCCAGGGUUGUGUGAUGCCAUGAGGCCUAUAGAUGGCGCCACGCUUCUGGACUUCCUCAUGAAGACCAACUUCACGGGCGUGUCCGGCGAAGGGAUCCUAUUCGACGAGAACGGAGACUCUCCUGGCAGGUAUGAGAUCAUGAACUUUAAGAAGAUGGGGAAGGACUUCUUCGACUACAUCAACGUGGGCACCUGGGACAACAGGGGCCUGAGGAUUGACGAUGACGAGAUUUGGUCCAGCAAGGAGGGCAUCAUCAAAUCAGUCUGCAGCGAACCCUGCGACAAGGGACAGAUCAAGGUGAGGUGUGAUCGUAAAGGAGAGGUGAGCUGCUGUUGGACCUGCACCUGUAAGGACAAUGAGUUUGUGUUUGAUGAAUACACCUGUCGAGCCUGCGAGCUGGGAUCCUGGCCUACGGACGACCUCACAGGCUGUGAUCCCAUCCCGGUGGAGUAUCUGCGCUGGGAGACCCUGAACCUAUCGCUGCCCCUGGUGUUUGCCUGUAUGGGCCUCAUGGCCACCUUCUUUGUCACUGCCAUCUUCAUCAGGUUCCGCGACACUCCCGUGGUGAAGUCGUCCAGUCGGGAGUUGUGUUACAUCAUCCUGGCCGGCAUCUGUCUGGGCUACCUGUGCACCUUCACUCUCAUCGCCAAGCCCCACGUGGUCCACUGCUAUCUGCAGAGGCUGGGUAUUGGCCUCUCCCCCGCCAUGAGCUACUCUGCCCUGGUCACCAAGGUAGAGGAAGGGGACCAUCGUAAUGCUCGUAUCCUGGCGGGCAGCAAAAAGAAGAUCUGUACCAAGAAGCCUCGCUUCAUGUCGGCCUGCGCCCAGCUGGUCAUCGCCUUCCUGCUCAUCCUGCUGCAGCUGGGCAUCAUCGUGGCUCUCUUCCUCAUGGAGACUCCACAGGUGAUCCACGACCACCCCAGCAUCCACCAGGUGAACCUGAUCUGCAACACCAACACUGGCGUGGUGGCUCCGCUGGGCUACAAUGGCCUGCUCAUCAUGAGCUGCACCUUCUACGCCUUCAAGACCCGUAACGUUCCGGCCAACUUCAACGAGGCCAAGUACAUCGCCUUCACCAUGUACACCACCUGCAUCAUCUGGCUGGCCUUCGUGCCCAUCUACUUCGGCUCCAACUACAAGAUCAUCACCAUGUGUUUCAGCGUCAGUCUCAGCGCCACCGUGGCGCUGUGCUGCAUGUUCGUUCCCAAGGUGUACAUCAUCCUGGCCAAGCCGGAGCGUAACGUGCGCAGCUUCACCACCAGCACAGUGGUGCGCAUGCACGUGGGCGACGGAAAGUCCUCUUCAGCCGCCAGCCGCUCCUCCAGUCUGGUGAACCUCUGGAAGCGCAGGGGCUCCGCUGGAGAAACGCUCAGCUCCAAUGGGAAGUCGGUGUCCUGGGCCCAGACGGAACGCGGUUCCCGUGGUAACCACCUGUGGCAGCGCCUGUCGUUCCACAUCAAGAGGAAGGAGAACAACCAGACUGCCGUCAUCAAGCCCUUCUCCAAGACUCCCGAGGGACGCUACUGUGGAGGGGCUGACCUCCCCCCCCACAUACCCCUGCCCUCCCUGCCCUCACACCCCCACUCUCACCCACACCCUCACCCACACUCCCACCCUCACCCACACCCCCACCCACACUCCCACCCUCACCCCCACCCCCACCCUCACCCCCACCCCCACCCCCACCCACACCCCCACUCCGACAACAACACCGACAAGAACCUCUAUGACCUCUCAGAAGCCGAGGAGAGGUACCCAAUCACAUACCGGCCAGAGACCCCUUCACCAAUCAGCACGGUCAGCCAGAGAUUAGGGGCGGGCCGGGGAGAGGACCCCCAGGUGAUGGGUGUGCCUACCUACUUGGGCGGUGGCUGUGUCGUCGGGGGAGAGGUGUGUGUCGUCGGGGGCGACGGGGCGUCACAGGGUUCUCUGAUGGAGCAGAUCAGCUGCGUGGUUAACCGUUUCACCGCCAACAUCAGUGAGCUCAACAGCAUGAUGCUGGCCCCGUCCCCCACACACUCGCACACACAGGCACACACGCACGUACACACGCCCUCCCACCCCACUGACCCUUACCCCCUCCCCCUGACCCCCACCCUGACCACCUUUGCUGAUGUCCAGCCCCUGCCCCCUGUGGAGUCCAACCCGGGGGGGCGUGGCUGCCUCCCUCAUCCCCUGUCUCACCCUCACCCCCUCCCACACCCACUGCCCCACCCCCAGGCCUCCCCCUCUCCCGUGCGAGGUCUAAUGGUAGAGUCUCCCCUGAGGAGGGCGGAGCUAGAGGAGGAGCUCAUGGCCCUGACUCCGCCCUCGCCCUUCCGUGAUUCGCUGGGGUCGGGCAGUAGCUCACCGAUCUCCGAGUCUGCCCUGUGUUUGCCCCCGGCUCCCUCCCACCCUCCCCCGUCCCCCCCCUCCCCCAACUACAGCCGGCUUACCCUGAGGAACUACAGCCAGAGCUCCUCCUCCUUGUGAAAGAUGGGAUGAGAAGAUGAGAGGAGCAGAAGGGAGGAGACUAGAGGCAGACGGAACAAGGGGAAAAGAGGAACAGAUGAUCUGGACACCUGGCGCUGAGCGGAGACAGAAGGACAGCGACAGAGUCCUCGUGUCCUGUGGUGGACACAACAGAGAGUGGGGAGGAGAGCAAGGACAUUUUUUCUCGACUGUGAUGUCCGCCGCGACAAAGUUGUGUUUGUGUUUACAUCUUUCCAUUGAGUAGCGACCAGGGGCCCUUGAGGUGGGCGUUGUAGUUUUAGAGUCGUCUUGAUGUUGAAGGACUAUAAAAGUGGCAUUUUGUCUUUUAGCGUUUGGGUGUGUGCUGUUAGACGAUUGUCUUUGGUCAGGUCAUUAGUGACUACAUA